AUGGAGGUCCCUGAGGACAAGAGGAAAGAGGUCCCUGAGGACAAGAGGAAGGAGGUCCCUGAGGACAAGAGGAAGGAGGUCCCUGAGGACAAGAGGAAGGAGGUCCCUGAGGACAAGAGAAAGGAGAUCCCUGAGGACCAGAGGAAUGAGGUCCCUGAGGACCAGAGAAAGGAGGUCCCUGAGGUCCAGAGGGAGGAGGUCCCUGAGGUCCAGAGGAAGGAGGUCCCUGAGGUCCAGAGGAAGAAGGUCUCUGAGGACCAGAGAAAGGAGGUCCCUGAGGUCCAGAGGAAGAAGGUCUCUGAGGACCAGAGAAAGGAGGUCCCUGAGGUCCAGAGGAAGAAGGUCUCUGAGGACCAGAGAAAGGAGGUCCCUGAGGUCCAGAGGAAGGAGGUCCCUGAGGACCAGCUCUGA